GGUGAAGUCUUGGGCAGAUGCCUUUGGUGGGGAGCUGUACUCCAUUGUGACUAAGUAUUCAGGCUCUCUCCUGUUGCAGAAGAAGUACAAAGAUGUGGAGCCAACUCUGAAGAUCAAAGAGGUGGAUGGCUUGGAGCUGGUGAAGAAGUUCUCGGAGCAGAUGGAAAGCAUGCUCCGCAGGAAGGUCGAAGCUGUUGAGAGGUUGGUGGAAGCAGCAGAAGAUGCAGAUCUGAACCAUGAGUACAACUCCUCACUGGAGUUUGAUUACUACAACUCUCUCCUGAUUAAUGAGAAGGAUGAAAAUGACAAUUAUGUGGAGCUUGGAGAUGAAUUCAUUUUGGAGCCAAACGAGCAUUUCAAUAACCUGCUGGUGAACACAACAUACAGCGAUAUCCAGCUCCCCACCAAUGUCUACAACAAAGACCCUGACAUCCUGAAUGGUGUUUACAUGUCAGAAGCCUUGAAUCCUAUUUUCGUGGACAACUUUGAAAGGGAUCCCACGCUGACCUGGCAAUAUUUCGGCAGCUCCACUGGAUUCUUCAGGCUCUACCCAGGAAUAAAGUGGUUACCAGAUGAGAAUGGAGUCAUCUCCUUUGACUGCAGGAAUCGUGGCUGGUACAUCCAAGCAGCCACCUCUCCCAAGGACAUUGUCAUCAUUGUGGACGUCAGCGGGAGCAUGAAGGGCCUGCGGAUGACCAUUGCCAAACACACCAUCAUCACCAUUUUAGAUACUCUGGGAGAAAAUGACUUUGUCAACAUCAUUGCAUACAAUGAUUAUGUUCAUUUUAUCGAACCCUGUUUUAAGGGUAUCCUGGUCCAAGCAGACAGAGAUAACAGAGAGCAUUUCAAGCAGCUGGUGGACGAACUGCAGGCAAAAGGAGUGGGAACUGUGAACAAGGCCUUGACGGAGUCUUUCAAAAUCCUGAGGGAGGUAAGAGAUG